AUGAGGGUUCUCUGGCUGCUCUACACAUCGGCUGCGCACUGCCUCGAGCUUCUCGACGCCACCUUGUGGCCGGCUUGGAAGGCCGCAGUCAUGUGUCCGGACCAGCACAUCUUCGGUACUAUCAUCAUCAUUGUCGACGCCGUCACAGGCACACCUCCACAACAUAAUGUGGACGCGCCCUGUCAUCUCUCCUACAAUUCACCCAUCCAAGAAAUCAUAAACAUAUACGAUGAACUUGCUCUCCGCAUGUGGUGGGGUUUACAGGCAAAAAAAGUUGUUUGGAACGUGGCACGCAUUCCAUUUCUUGUUCUUGCCGCUCUGGUGGGCCUUAUUGGCCAGGUUGGCCUUGUGGUGGUAUGCUGGGGGUGGUGGGAGCUGGGGCGUACAGUCUCAAUGAGCCCUCUCGAACUGGCAAACGCAUUCAUCCCACGGGCACCAGGCCCAACGACGGUCGAGCAGCCAGAUCCGCUGGCCCAAGGCUUCUCCAGCGCCCUAGCCAAAUGCAACACCAAUGCCACUGCCGCCCAGCUCGAGAAACAUUUCUGCCGGAUGGAUGAGGAAGGGGAGAUGAACUACGGCUUCAUGCCGGCGGCAACCACCAUCGGUUUUGACGAGGCCGGGCGCACAGAAGAGGUGCGCGAGGGUGAGAUGCUUCGCUAA